AUGUCCUUUCGAGCUGCCGCUGUGUUCGGCUUGGCUACUCUCCAAGGCGUUACCGCCCAUCUUGCCGCUUAUACUCCUGGAAUGUACUGCCCUCAGAACACUUACCAGGGCCCUCUCACCAACUUUUCUGAUCCCAACCACGUCAUUUACGACCCUCUCUUCAACCUUGAGCAGGAUAGCUGGUUCCUGUCCAAGGGCCGCAACUGCUGGCUCGCACCACCAACUGGUGUUUGGGAGAUCCAGGCCAACUCUGUCAUCCAAGUCCCAUGGGCCAACGGGCAAAACUCUAAGGGAUACUAUGCCGACGGAAAGGAACAAAACCAGCGCCCUCAGCCAUUCUCCGUUACAAAUCCUGCAGUCGUUGCUGCCGGUCUGGUCUCCUCCUCUGGAGGCAUUAACAGCCCCAACUUGCACGCCGGUAACAAGUCCACUGCUGCUGGUACCGCUGUUGCCAUUGCCUACAAGUCCAACAUCUACGAUGUGAAGAUGGAGGACUUUGUUGUCUUCACCACCGCACCUCAGACUCCAUUUGAGCGCCUGGUUACCUACGAUAUUCCCAACCUGAAGGCCUGCGACGAGUGCCUCUGCGCUACUGUUUGGAUUCCCAACGGCUAUGGUCAGCAGAACAUGUACAUGGCUCCCCACAAAUGCAAGAUUGUCAACCCCAGCGGAGGCCAGCAGCCCAAGACUCCUUCUCUGGUUCCUGGCCCCAACGUCAAAGGGCCCAAGCAGAUGAUUGCUGCCUUUCAGGCCAGCGGAAACAAUGUCCAGUGGAAGAAUGGCCAGCAGGUUCCCACCUAUACCUCUAGGAUGGGAUUCACCGCCGGUGCCCAGACUGAUAUCUUCUAA